AUGUGCGACUUCUCUUCCUAUGGCGGACCCAGCAACAAGUGGCUGGCGAUCGAGGCAGGCUUGCCCCCGCCAGUAGCCAACCAAACUGUUUCCGAGAUGACGCUCAAAGCAAACCAAGGCCGCGAGGCCAUCGCCAGUAAAGCCAUGAUCUCACUAUCUCCGCAAGUCCACAUGCGCGACCACUCGAUCCAAACGCGCGAUGGGUACUCCCUUGAGGCGCGUAGUUACCGCCCAUCGUUAGUCCCUGCGUCAGUGCUCCUGCCCGUCUACAUUCACUUCAACGGUGGAGGCUUCGUUUUUGGAACAUUGGCGUCCAAGGAUGCGAUAUGCGCCAGUAUCGCAGUCAGUGUCUGUGUCGUUGUCGUCAACGUGAAUUAUCGACACGCGCCAGAGUUCACAUAA